AUGCACCCUGAUAUCUGCCUCUCCCUCCUCUCGACUCUGCUGCUUCUUCAAGUUCAGCAGGGUUCCUCGGUGCAGGAGAUCCAAACCAGCCAUGAGAACAUCGUCAAGAUCAACUCAGCAGGAGAAAUGAUGCAGUGCUCAGCAGCCAUGGAUAUCCUCUUUCUCAUGGACGGGUCCUACAGCGUGGGGAAGGGCAGCUUUGAGAGGUCCAAACACUACGCGAUCAAACUCUGUCAAGCACUAGACGUCGGAGCAGACAAGGUGCGAGUCGGUGUGAUUCAGUUCGGCUCCACCCCUCGGCUGGAGUUUUCCCUGGAUUCCUACGCCACCAAGCAAACGCUGAAGAAGCACAUGAAGAAGAUUUCUUACAGGGGAGGCAGCACCCAGACAGGUCUGGCUCUUAAAUACAUCCUGAGGAAGGGUUUUCCAGGUGGUCGUAACUCCUCCAGUGUGGCCCGCAUCGCCAUCCUGCUGUCGGAUGGGAGGUCUCAGGGCAACGUGGCACAGGCAGCUGCACAGCUCAAAGAGAUAGGCGUGGUCUUGUUCGCUGUGGGCCUGCGCUACCCUAAGUGGGAAGAGCUGCAUGCUCUCGCCAGCGAGCCAAUGGAGAGCCAUGUCUUCUUUGCUGAGCAUUUCUAUGAUGCUGUCAACGGCCUGUACACCACACUGAGCACCUUCUCUGUGUGCAGUGCCACACCAGCAGGCUGUCAGGUGGAGUCAUUUCCCUGUGAGAGGAAGACACUAGAGACAGUGAAAGAGCUGCAGGGGAAUUUCAUGUGCUGGAAAGGCUCCAAAGGGUAUUCCCCGUACACAUCCCUCUGUCCCUACUACAGGUACAACAAAGUUUACAGGAGACACCAGACAGUCUGCCACAGGACCAUCUGUCCAGAUCCCUGUGACUCUCAGCCAUGUCUGAACGGUGGAACUUGUGUGUCAGAAGGUCCAGAUGGCUACCACUGUGUGUGUCCACCUGGCUAUGGAGGAGACCCACACUGUGCUCCUGCGUUAUCCCUGGACUGCUCUGUGGACCUGCUGUUCCUGCUGGAGGGCUCCGCCACGCUCACCUUGGAAGGCUUCCUCCGCCUCAAGUCCUUCUUAAAGCGCUUCCUGCAGACCGUCAUUGGUUCCGACAGCCCCAGUAGAGUCGGACUGGCGGUGUUUGGUGGAGAGACUCGAGUCGAAGCCCCGGUUGGCAAGUUCAAAGGAGACCUGAGGGGUCUUCUUAAGGCUGUGGAGGCGCUUCAGCCGAUUGGCGGCGAGACCCUGACGGGCCAGGCUCUUCGCUAUGUCACACGCAACGGCUUUGUGAGCGCUCCGGUCUUUGCUGACGUCACAGACGACCUCCCCCGUGUGGUGGCGCUGCUCACAGCCACUCCCGCCGUUGACGAUGUGGUUGAAGCUUCGAAAUAUGCUCGCGACAGAGAGAUCUUCCUGAUAGGGGUGGGACCGGACAGGCUCAAGGGGCAGCUGAAUAACAUCACAGGAAACCCCCAGAGGACUCUCACCUACACGUCACCUGAUAGGCUCACUGGCAAGAUCCCUGAGCUCAAGGCCAAGAUCUGCAGUGUGGAUACACAAGGUUGUCUGGGUCAAGCAGUAGACCUGGUGUUUGCCCUGGACGCCUCAGGCGGCGUCGGCCGCGAUAACUUCGCCACCCUGCGGGACUUUGUGCGCAGCAUCACCGUCCAGUUCGACAUCAACCGCGAUGUGGCUCAGGUGGGCCUCGUGGCCUACGGUCGGAGAGCCACCACCGUCUUCAACCUGGACACGCAUGAGACCGGUUCCGCCAUCCUCAAGGCUGUCGGUGAGGCCAACUUCCUGGGCGGAGUGGCUUCGACGGGUGCAGCUUUACUCCACAUCCACUCCAACGUCCUGACUGUAGCCAAAGGCGCACGACCCGGAGUCAACAAGGCCGUGGUCGUGGUGACGGAUGGUUCGGGCGGGGACGACGCCGUCGUACCGGCUCAAAAGAUAAGAGACAAUGGGGUUUCAGUUUUUGUGGUCGGUAUCGGAGACGUGCAGAGAGACAGGCUGAUGCAGAUUGCUGGUUCAGAGGAGCAAAUGAUCUCAGUGCCGUCUUACGAGGAUCUCAAGUACUUUGAGGAUGUACUGGUUCAGAUGCUGUGUUCAGAGGUGAAGAAACCGGUAAACCUGUGCAAGCCCAACCCAUGUAUGAAUGAUGGCAUCUGCAUCCUGUCAGGAGGGAGCUUCCGCUGCCAGUGCCAAGGCUAUGAAGGACCACACUGUGAAACAAGAAGCAGCAGGUCUUCAUCACGAGGGGAUCUUCCGAGACCUGCUGGUCUGAGGAAGAAGAGCAGACAGAGGAAGAGCCACCAGGAGCUCCUGCAUCACUACAAACUACACCGUCGGAGACAUGCCGUCUGAAACGCGAAGUAUACAGACAAACAAAUCACACACGAACACUUAAGAACCAAGGAUGUUUGCGGGUACGCGAUGGAGUAAAGGGAAACCUAAAGUUACUGCUACUUUCUCAUUCUUUCAGUAUUUAAAGUUGCACUCGAUGUCAACAAGUGCCUCGUACGUGUCUCUACUGCUGUGUCCAUCGUUUGUUUUAUUUGUCAACCAACACGGUUCUCUUUCUCUAUUCAAGGAUGUAAACUUUUAUACGAUAUUACAGUGUAUAUCUGUGUCAUGAUUGUGUUUUUAUUUUUAAUGUAUAAUCACCACAAUUUUGUCUUUGUACAAUCAAAAAAAAAAAACUUCUAAUUUUUGUUCCCAAAAAUGCUUCAUGUGCUGUUUUCAUGGUUUUAUUAUUAUUGGCUAAUUGAGGGGUUUAGAUGUUCAAAAGUUCUUUGAGAAUUUUAUAAAUAUAUGUAUGUAUGUAUUUCAUUACUAGUUAUAUGAGGCUGUUUUUUAAUUGUACUUGACUAAUAUCACUUUUGGGGUAGAAGAUAAAAAGAAAACUUCCAAUGGGACAA